AUGUUAUUCCCUUUACCACGCCGCAUCCCAACAACAACCCGGCUCCUCAGAUUCAAUGGACUCAGACUAAAAAGAAGUAUCUCGACGGAGUCUCCCCAUCAUCGCCUCGCCACCCAACGCUUGCAACGACCGGUCUCCCCCCACCUCAGUGUGUACAAAUGGGAAUUUGUUUCAUCGGCAUCAGCAAUUCACCGCAUCACGGGUAUUUUGCUCGCCGGAAGUCUAUAUGGGCUCGCAACAUUCUACCUGCUUUCUCCGACUUUGGGCAUCCGCUUCGACUCGGCGACUUUAGUGGAGGCAUUCGGGGCGUUGCCGGCUACAGUGAAGACUGGUAUCAAGUUCGCUAUCACAACGCCUUUUACCUUUCAUGCGUUUAACGGGUUGAAGCAAUUGAUAUGGGAUACGGGUUUUUUACUAGGCAAGAAGCAAAGCGGAAGGGCAUCGUGGAUGGUUUUGGUUUGUUCUAUGAGUGCAUCUCUGGGACUGGCUUUGUACAAACCUAACAAGGAAGAGGAUAUUUAA